GGCUAUUUAAUGUGUUUUCAAUGUCGUGAGGUAAACGCUUGCACAAACGAUAGAUGGCGCUGUUGUGCCAUUGAAUUAAUGCGCUUCUUCACUGGAGACUUGGAGCUUUGAUGUAUUCUUUACUCAGACCCUCCUAAUGCCAUCGAUUCUCCAAAAGUCAGAUAUAGAGACACUGUUUUAGAAAUUUCAAAACUGAGAUUUCAGACUGUCGCGAUCAUCUGAGGAUCUUAAGGCUGUGUAACUGCAGUGUAUCGCCGCAGACAGGCUAUAGUCAGCCUCCAGCAUCACAAACAUGGAUCAACACGACUCGACGUUUGGAGUGCAGCUCUUCAUUUAUGAUCUGUCGAGGGGAAUGGCCCGACAGCUCAGCCCGAUCAUGUUAGGAAAACAGCUUGAUGGGAUUUGGCACACAUCUAUAGUGGUCUACGGAGAGGAAUUCUUCUAUGGUGGUGCCGGGAUCUCUAGUUGCCCACCGGGCGGGACGAUGCUCGGACCUCCAGACACAGUGGUGGAGCUGGGAAACACUGAGGUGACAGAGGAGAUCUUUAUGGAUUAUCUGUCCUCACUUGGAGAAACAACAUAUAGUGGUGACAAGUACAGAUUGUUUGAACACAACUGUAACACGUUCACUAAUGAGGUGGCCCAGUUUCUCACUGGCAAUAAAAUUCCCUCCUAUAUCACAGAUCUGCCCUCUGAAGUGCUCUCCACGCCAUUUGGUCAGGUGUUGCGGCCAAUCCUAGACUCGAUACAUAUUGCCCCUCCAGGCGGAAACGUGAUCAGCAGCCAAAAUAAUCAUAGCUAGAUCAGCUUUGUAAUCUCUCUCUCACACACACACACCUACACACGCAAUAAUUCACAUAUACGCUGUUUAUACACACACAUUUGCCCUGUUGUAAAUGAAGUUGGCUCAUAACACCUCGUUCAAGAGCACUGAACAAAUUUUCAUCAAUUCUGGUCCAUAUUCACAGUUGCCCAGAUAGUUUCAUGCACAAGGUCCCAGGUCAUUCUUUCCAGAUCACUGAUGGUUCAUAUUUGUCAGUGUUGAGUUCUUGGUUUCUAUGGUUUUCAUUUGAAUAUGCAUCUUUACUUUGUAUCUCUACAGCCCACCACAUGCAAAGGUCAUUUGUUGUUUGUUGAUGACAAUCCAACUUUUUUUUCCCUGUUGUUAGUUUUUAUUCCUUUCACAUAAUGUCAUGCUGUUUUUCCCCCAAUAAUAUGUCUGUUGAUAUGUAUUAAUAUUGGCAAGCCAAAAAGUUGAAAGAUUAUCUUUAAUUUUAUUCUUAACAUAUAUUUAUUUAUUUUUGUGAGUGACUUUGUGACAAAGAAGCACAUGUUCUAUAAUAUGACUUGCAUUCUGAAGAAAUGACUAAAUGUGAACGAGUGGACCAUGAUACAUGUGGCUCAGAUUCAGAGAGAAAUAUAUGUAUCUGUGCCUUUGUCAUGGCAGCUUGGGCACAAGUAACAUUUUAAUCGGAAUUAAACCGUAAAGUACAAAUUAUUUAUACACGUUAUGCUUCUCUUCCAUUUAUUUAACCAGCUGAAUGCUUUUAUAUAUGCUUUAUGCUCAUUUUUAUUUUCAUGAAA